CCUGUAGGAGCACACCAAACUUGACUUCUUCCCAAACUUCACCGCUUCUAGAUCCACUUUCUGCGCUUAUAUCGGUUCGGUGGUCGACCGCUGCAAAAUAAGAAAAGCCAUGGCAAUUAGACCAGGUCAUAUCACUCUAAAAGUUGUGAUAUUGCUGGUUUGCUCGUCAUUUGCAAGCACAAGGCUUGGAUUAACAUUUGAUGAUCUGCCGCCUAUCAACCGCAGCAACUUCCCGUUGGACUUCAUAUUCGGAGCUGGUUCAUCUGCCUAUCAAUAUGAGGGGGCUGCAUUUGAAGGUGGAAGAGGAACAAGUAUAUGGGACACUUACACCCACAACUUUCCAGGUGAAAUAUCCGAUGGGAGCAAUGGCGAUGUGGCUGACAACUUCUAUUAUCUAUAUAAGGAUGACAUAAAACUGAUGAAGUAUAUAGGAUUGGAUGCCUUUAGAAUGUCCAUAUCCUGGUCACGAAUAUUACCUCGUGGGAAGCUAAGCAGGGGAGUGAACAAGGAAGGGAUUGACUUUUACAACAAUGUCCUCAAUGAGCUCAUCGCAAAUGGUAUAACACCGUUUGUGACUCUGUUUCAUUGGGAUCUUCCUCAAGCGCUAGAGGAUGAAUAUACAGGAUUUUUAAGUCCUCUCAUUAUUAACGACUUUAGAGAUUUUGCGGAGCUUUGCUUUAAAAAAUUUGGUGAUCGUGUUAAGCAUUGGAUCACAAUUAACGAACCACAUUCUUACGCUAGUUGUGGCUAUGAUGGAGGCUUUGUCGAUAACAUGGCACCUGGGAGGUGCUCCUCUAGGGCAAUUUGUUCGCAGGGGGAUUCAGCAACUGAGCCUUAUAUCGCCGCUCAUCAUCUACUCCUAUCCCAUGCAACAGCAGCCAAAUUGUACAAGAAGAAAUAUCAGCCGAUUCAAAGAGGAGAAAUAGGAAUAACACUAAGCACUAUUUGGAUGGUUCCAUAUUCAAGCAGCGAACUCGACGUUAAAGCAGCACAACGAGCUCUUGAUUUUAAGUACGGAUGGUUCAUCCACCCAUUAGUUUAUGGAGAAUAUCCACAAAUCAUGCAACUCCUUGUGGGAAGUCGACUGCCAAAAUUCACCAACAAGCAAAUUGAGAUGCUUAAAGGAUCCUUUGAUUUCUUAGGACUAAAUUAUUACACUGGGAACUAUGCUGCUGAUAUUGCUGUUCGCAGUGGAAACGUUAGCAGCACAGCAGAUAGUAUGGUCCGUCUUUCAACGGAUGAUAUCAAUGGUGUGCCCAUCGGGGAACCUACUGGAACCAUGUUCCUUGUGUACCCCAAAGGACUCUAUGAUCUUCUACUCUAUACCAAAAAGAAAUACAAGAAUCCAACCAUUUAUAUCACAGAAACCGGUUUUUCUGCUCUCAAAGAUGGAAAUAUUGAACAUGCUGUCAAAGAUCUCCAGAGAAUUAAUUUCUACAAUAGUCAUUUUUGGGUUGUUCGGGAAGCAAUUAAGAAAUGUGUGAAGGUGAAGGGCUUAUUUGCAUGGUCAUUUUUGGACACUUUUGAAUGGACAACUGGUUAUGACAUCGGAUUCGGAUUUUUCUACGUGGAUUUCAAGAAUGGUCUUCGAAGAAUUCCCAAACAAUCAGUUGUUUGGUUCAAAAAUUUCCUCAAUAAAAGUGAAGGAGGUGUAUUCAGUUAAGUUUUCACAUAAUUGUAUUGAUUGCAUUUACACUUUGAAUUUCAAAAUCAAACAAAAAGGUUCCCCUCAAUAUUAACUGAUGUGGGAUUGACCAAAACUCUUGAAAACAAAAUACUUAUUCUCAUAUAUCACAAAUUCUAAUUCUUCUCCAAAUAGAAAUUUUUUAUCAAUACAAAAUAAUCAUAUGGCCAAUGUAAUACAAAUACGUAUGAAAUGAUUCUUUUAGGUCUAAUUAAAUUUGAUUUGACGUAAAAUUUCUGCUUAUUUACCUCCAGACCACCUACAUAGUGAACCAGUAGACCACGAAACCAUGCUAUAACAUCAAAAACGGCUCAACACAACCAUCAUUUUGAUAUGGUGUGUUUUAUCACUCAAAUGCAUACUUAAUUUGAGGAUUUUAGAACUAAUUCAUUAUAGUGAUAAUUGAAUUAUGUAUCGUUUGAAUGAAGAAUUGAUUUUAACCCGUAUUGAAGAAAGAGGGUCAAAAAGCUCUAAAUGAAGUUGGAAAGUGAUGAAGGGAAGAGGAGACAAAAAAUAAACCUGAGCAUUGGUUAGGACGUGAUCACACCCGAUUCAAUGUCCAAGGUGGUCUGAGAAGAAGAAUACAUUUUGAAAAGUUUUUAGGAAAGAUUUGUUUCCUUUUUAAUGGAAGAACAUGAAAGGAAGGAAAGAAACACCCCUAGCCUGCAGAUUUAAAAGGAGAAGCAAAAGAGAAAUUAUACAUUCACAGUUUUGGGAGUUUGGAGCAAGGAGUUGAAGGACGUCAAUCUGGUCUAUUAGUUUUUCUUUCUAUUUCUCUCUAGUUUAUAUUUU